AUGCCGGUCCAGGCGAGGAGGCAUUCUUCGGCCUACCAGUCGCAACCGCCCCAUGCCCGCGAUGUCGAGAAACUGUCACACUACAAAUCGUCACCACAACAGCAGCAGCAGCAACAACAACAUCACCACCACCACCACCAACAACAAAUACAAUACCACCAUAAUCAUCGCCGACGCGACUCAACAACAUCCGAGAGCGAGGAUGACUCCCUUUCGUCGUCAGCGCCCUCCUAUCAGCCGAUAAUGAACGGUGCUGUACGGCGUGCUCGAGGUGGCGGUCCGGGCAUCUUCUAUCGUGUUCCCAACCGGAUCAUGCGAAAGUUGUGCUUGGGGCUGCUGGUAGCCCUGAUACUCUUCAUCGGGUCCUUGUUUCGGUUCACCCUUCCGACAGUAACGCCGGUGCCCCUGGAGUUGCCCAAACCUAUCUCCAAGCCCCCGCCGUGGGAGAGCUUCCCCUUUCUGAAGCGUUAUCAUGGGGGUGUCCGCUCAUUGGUCUCGCGCAAGGAAAACGUGCCUGAAUACCCGGGAGAUAGUGCCGACGACGUGUUGGCCUCUCACAUUAACAGUGAAGAGCAAAGUGCAGCGAAGAGGGACCAGAAGUCGUUGACCAUGUCCAGCGAGGUCUUCAACCCAUACCCCGACUACGCGUCCGAAGCAUACCAGUCGAAAUACGGCGAGAAACGUGAAUGCUUCUUGAACGAGGCGGGCACCGUGCGGCUCCCCCGGGUCCAGAGUUUCCCGGGCGUUCCGCAAGGCUUCCCCGACGCCGUCAUGGGCUCCAACGAGAUGAUCGGCAUCCGUGAUGAUGUCUGCUUUGAUCGCUUUGGCCGUCUGGGUCCGUACGGCCUGGGAUAUGGUGCAAAGAGAGGCGGGUCAGGCGCAGGCUUGGAGGGGGAUCGCGAGGGCGCCGAGAGGGUCUGGGAUGACUACCCGCCCGUGGACUUUCGCGAAGUCAGCUGGGCCAAAGCCCAGAACCACUGCGCAGUCAUCAACAGCCACCGGUUUGCGGAUCUUCCAGAGCCUAGACUCGACCGUUUUCUGGCCAUGCCGAUUGGUUCGAUCAAUGUCGCUCACCCUGUCUCUUCCCCGCCUCAAGACGCAAAGAACCCCCCCAAGGUCGGGACGGAUCGUCUCCCGCGGACUGCAGUCAUCAUCCGCACUUGGUCCGACUUUCAGUACACGACCGAGGAUAUCUUGUAUCUGCGCUCCCUGAUCUCGGAGCUGUCACUGCUCUCGGGCGGCGAGUAUACCGUGCACUUUCUCAUCCAUGUCAAGGACUUGAACCUCCAGAUCUGGGCGGAUGACGAUACCUACGAGCGGGUACUGCACGACGCGCUCCCGGAAGAGUUUCGCGGGAUGGGGACGCUGUGGUCCGAGAAACAGAUGGAACUCUUCUACCCGGGUCUCGAGGAGACGCUGGCUCGGGGCCUGGCGGUCCACGGGGUGUACCGCAGCACGUUCAUGCCGAUGCAGUAUUUCUCCUACGUGCAUCCAGAGUAUGAUUACUACUGGAACUGGGAGAUGGAUGUGCGCUACACGGGCCACUGGUACCACCUGUUCGACAAGGUAACCGGCUGGGCCAAGCAGCAGCCGCGCAAGGGUCUGUGGGAGCGGAAUGCUCGCUUCUACGUCCCAUCGCGGCAUGGCUCGUGGGACGACUUCCGGCAGAUGGUUCGAGUGCAGACCGAGCUGGGUACUGACAGUCCGAACAACCUCUGGAGCGCUGUCAAGCUCGGUGGCAGCGCCGAUCAAGCCAAUGACAAGAGCGCCGUGCAGCGUCAAGUGGAAAAGUUUGUGUGGGGGCCGCUGCGGCCACACGAGCGCGACAUCCUCGAGGUGGAAGGCGAGGGGAUCCCGCCCACGACCAUCGACAAGGACAACUACAAGUGGGGGGUGGGCGAGGACGCCGACCUGAUUGUGUUCAAUCCGCUGUAUGACCCGGAGGGCACGACGUGGCUUCUUCGCGAUGAUGUGACGGGGUACAACCGGGACGAGGGGAUGCCACCGCGCCGCACAGCGAUCAUCACGGCGUCGCGGCUGUCGCGCAAGCUGCUGCACACGAUGCACAAGGAAACGGCGCUCAAACGCCACACGAUGUUUUCCGAGAUGUGGCCGGCCACCACGGCGCUGCACCAUGGAUUCAAGGCCGUGUAUGUGCCCCAUUCCGUCUACAUCGAUCGCCGCUGGCCGACCGAGUAUCUCGAGUCCGUCUUCAACGCGGGCCGCAACGGGGCCUCGGGCGGCGCCCGCACGGCGGUCUUUGGCGACCGCGAACAUAACUUCAAGGGCACCACCUGGUUCUAUUCGGCGGGCUUCGCGCCCAACCUGUGGCGCCGCUGGCUCGGCUAUAAGGUCGACAACGACGGCGGCGAAGAGGAGGAGUUGGUUGGCGAGGGCAGGAUGUGUCUCCCUCCCAUCCUCUUCCAUCCCGUGAAAUCCGUCAACAUGGUGAUUGACGACGGCCUCGUCUAG